UCGUUAUCGACGGGACCUGGACGGUUCGUUAUCCAUCGAUUGAUCUCCAUCUCCAUCCGUGUUACGGCAUCCGACAACUUUCCCCCCCAAAGUACCUCUAGGCAUCCGCAACGCAGACAACCCAUCUGCCAACCCAGUCCAUUGCCAGCCACUUCGGCGGCCAACUCCAUAUAGUCACAAUGGCCUACCGUCUCAUCACCCAAGUGGUCGUCGUCGGCUCGCGCGUGCUCGGCCGCGCCUUCGCCGAGGCCUACAAGCAAGCGGCCGCCUCCUCGCAGUACCAGCGCGCGCAGCAAAAGAACGGCAACGCUGCUACCGGACGCGCCAGCCUGACCAGCGGCAUGACCCUCGACGAGGCGUGCAAGAUUCUCAAUGUCAACAAGCCUGCGGACGGCACAGCGGCCAACAUGGAGGAGGUGAUGGAGCGGUUCAAGCGCCUGUUUGACGCCAACGACCCGGAGAAGGGCGGCUCUUUCUACUUGCAGAGUAAGGUUGUGCGGGCGCGUGAGCGCCUCGAGGCCGAGAUUAAGCCCAAGAUGGAGGAGAAGCAGGCCGAAGAAGAGGUCAAAGAAGGGUGGAACCCCAAGAUCUACAAGGAUCGGUGAUCGUCACGCGGCAUGACCGACAGAACACGUCUUGAGAACUGGAGAUGAGAUAUCGAUCCGGGAAGGACGGCGGCGCGGCGAUGGUGGUGGUGGUGGUUGUGGUGGUGGUGGUAGCGGCGGCUUGGUGUCGGGGAUUAGGGACGCUGCACACAUUCGGCACGCACAUGCACACGCAGCGGUAGUUGAUGGAAGGGGAAGCUACGGCUGGCUGCUACUGCGGUCAAAUCGAUUGUUGCAUUCCCCCGUUUUUACACGAUGAUACGACUUGGCGACAGAGAGGACGAAACGACCGGCACACGAUAACAAUGCUCCUUCUUCUUCUCCCUUCCAUCGUCCUCCGUUCAGGCCAGUGCCGCCUUGACAUACCUUCGUUGGACACUGGUGGUAUGCAGUCAAGGGGUGAAUAGGAAUGCCACCGUUAUGGGUGACCCUUAUUGCUUCAGUCGGCAUGCCUACCGCCCGAUCACGGCCGAAGGAUCACCGCCCAUUCUCCAGUCCCGACUUGUACAAGAAACACACAGACACAUAAAAACAAAAACUCUUCACUCGACUUCGGCAGGCCUGGCGUUCGCGGUUAGGAAGGGUAUAUACAGGAUUUAGCAAAAGACAAGGGCUAGCGGUUUGUCGGAUUGAUGGAUAGUUGUUGUUUCUGCAUAUUCAUAGCGAGAGAGAAAUGGCAGGGGUCAUUUGGCCCCUACCACGUGUAAUUCUAUCACUUCUGUACAAAUCAAGAUAUGAGUGGAUGAGGUAUUGGACUGAGUCUUUGUGUUGCACCUAUUGAGUUAAG